ACACCUUCAUGGAAAAUUAUUUCACCAGCCAACGUGACAACAUCUUCCGAAAUGUGGAAGUUCUGAUUUAUGUCUUUGAUGUGGAGAGCCGUGAACUUGAAAAGGAUAUGCACUAUUAUCAGUCAUGCUUGGAGGCCAUUCUGCAGAACUCUCCAGAGGCCAAAAUCUUUUGCUUGGUUCACAAAAUGGAUCUGGUACAGGAGGAUCAACGGGACCUGAUUUUUAAAGAACGAGAAGAAGAUCUGAGGCGUUUGUCUCGCCCACUGGAAUGUUCUUGUUUCCGAACAUCUAUCUGGGAUGAAACUCUUUAUAAGGCUUGGUCCAGCAUUGUUUAUCAGCUGAUUCCCAAUGUUCAGCAGCUGGAAAUGAACCUAAGAAAUUUUGCUGAAAUUAUUGAGGCUGAUGAAGUACUUCUGUUUGAGAGAGCUACUUUUCUGGUGAUUUCUCAUUAUCAGUGUAAAGAGCAGCGUGAUGCCCAUAGAUUUGAGAAAAUCAGCAACAUUAUUAAGCAGUUCAAGCUGAGCUGCAGCAAGCUGGCUGCCUCUUUCCAGAGUAUGGAAGUCAGGAACUCUAACUUUGCUGCUUUCAUUGACAUCUUUACAUCCAAUACUUAUGUGAUGGUCGUGAUGUCUGAUCCAUCCAUUCGUAAGUUUAGACUUUGCUGACAUAAUUGCAAAGCCA